AUGCUCCCUAAAGUAUUAGUUACGGGAGCUACUGGGUUUAUAGGACUUCAUAUAACUGGGGAGUUACUGUCUCGGGGUUAUGCAGUCAUUGGAACAGUGAGAACGCACAAGGAAGGGGAUCAAAUGCUUAAGGAUUUUGCACGGGCGUUUCCUUCGACUUUGGAUGGACAAUUGCUCUACGUUGUCAUACCCGAUAUCAGUGCUAGUGGAUCAUUUGACGAUGUGUUCAGAAGUAACUCUGAUGUGACGUAUGCAAUACACACUGCUUGUCCUACCCCGCCAGUUGGUGAGGGUUCUUUAGAGGAGACGAUGCUCCUUCCCACGGUGGAAGGAACUCUGAAUUUGCUUCGUGCAAUCAAAAGAUAUGCCAAUGAUUCAGUGAAAAAUGUGAUUUACACAUCAUCUUUAUCUGCUUGCUGGAAUUUAGAUAAAGUGGAGGACAAGUCACUUGUCAUUGACGAAUCGACUUGGAAUAGUUACGAAUGGGAAGAUAUUAACGAUGACAAUAGGUACUUGGCGUACUCCGUCGCCAAAAAGAAAGCUGAAAAAGCUGCAUGGGAUUUUUUGGAAAACGAGAAGCCUUUCUUUAAACUGACUACCAUUGUUCCUCCGUUUGUGUUUGGACCUCAAAGAUUUGAUUGGAAGGCUAAAGAAAAUGUCCUUUCUGGAUCGGCAGAGAUAAUUUUGAGUUUAUUGAGCUCAGGCUCUACUCUUCAAGAUUUGCACGACGCACCCAUAUCAUUGGCUGUUGAUGUUAGAGAUCUUGCUGUAUACCACGUUCUACCCCUCACAAAUCCCACACUUGAACAAAAGAGAUUGCUUACUAUUGCAGGAAAGUUUAGUGGACAAAGAGUACUGAAUGUGAUCAAUGAAAACUUCACAGAACUGAAGGGAAAAGUCCUUUUGGGUGACCCAGAUAAUGUUCUCCAACUUGAAGGACUGAAAGCACCCGAAUAUAAUAACAAAGAAACCUUAGCCCUAGGACACCUUGGAUUAAUAUCAGUAGACAGGAGUAUCGCUGAUACGGUUGCCCAAAUAUUACGGGUAAACACUAUCCAGUAG